GUGCCUGAAACCAUCCGAGGGGUGAAGAGGGGUCUGAUUACCACACAGAAUUUCAGUGAGAGGGGGCAGGUUGGAGGAGCGGACAUUUUAAUGUGACACAUCUGAGCUCUGUCUGUGGAGUAAUGCGUCUGGGGCUUUUUCUCCCAGCAGGCAACAGUGCUGAAAAGCAUCUGUCUGGGCCAUCGGGUGCUGAGAAGCGGUGAGGCAGCCUCGUGUUCCAAAACAGAAUACUCACUCUCCCAUGGGCCCCCCAUUUCCCCUCCACUGCCCUCCCUUUCUGCCAUCCAACCCAUUACCCUCCCUUCCAGCUCUUACCAGUAAUUCAACAUUAUAUUGAUGGUGAAAUAUCGACUCAGUGCUGGUAAAUGUUUCACCAGAGCAUGACUUGGCAUCCUUUGACUCUCCUCCUGCGUGAGCAGCAUGACUAAUAGUAAUUCAUGUGAACCCAUGGUUCUGAGGCCAUGGCUAUAAUCACCACAGAUAUAGAUAGAUAUAGACUGUUAUUUCUAAGGUUUAUGAGUCAAGAUUCAAGUGUCAGACCGGUAAAACUUUUGACAAGGAUCUUUUAAUAAAUCGUUUUGAGAAAUAGUAAUCACACAAUCAACAUUACUUAAUGUAAGUGUGAGAGAAUAACUGAUCUCAGAUGAGGUUAGGCUAGAACUGGUACAACUCCCUGACAGUUAUGAACUCAUUAUUUGAAAUGUAUGUCUAGACUGUAGGAGUUUAUUAUCAUUUCAUGACUUGGCCGCUGCAAAAAGAUUCCGAUAUCAUCCAGGAAUAAUGACCCAUGAUAGGCAAUAAAAGGGUAUUUGAAGUGUGAACUGCUUUGCACUAAAUAUAGACCUACAAGUUGACCCAUUUAAAGUUUUAUUCUUAGUGUGCCUCUCCUAUAAAAGCCCAUAUAAGCUGUCCACUCCCACUCGAUAAGGCUGACUUGCCAUAUAAAUGUGAUUGAUAUUAGUGAUGCACAAGAUUUAAGAAGUUUAUAGCCUAGAGCAGAGUUGCCCAAACUCGGCUCAACUCAGCUUCUCAUUACUAUAUCUUCCUGACCACACUGUUCGUCUCCCUGUCCGAGCGUAUGUUUGGUACCAAGUCUGCACCAAAAUGGCACCCUAUUCCCUAUAUAGUGCACUAUCCUAUGGACCCUAGUCAAAAGUAGUGCACUAUAUAGGGAUUUGUUUUGGGGGGGAUUAGGAUCCCCAUUAGCCGACGCCAAUGGCGAUAGCAAGUCUUACUGGGGUCCGACACAUAACGAAGAAGACUUUACAGACAAAAUACUUUACAAUUGACAUACAUUUAAAAACAUUAACAUGUAGUGUGUGUGUGUGUGUGGGCAUCUAUCAGUUACACAUACUGUACAUGUUAGAACACACACACUACAAGUUGGUCACAUAGGGGAGAGGCGUUGUGCUGUGAGGUGUUGCUUUAUUUCAGGUUUUAUUUCAGGUUUGCUGUUCACUUCCGCUAUAUAAGAUGGAAGGGAGUUCCAUGCACUCAUGGCUCUGUAUAAUACUGUACGUUUCCUUGAAUUUGUUCUGGACUUGGGGACAGUGAAAAGACCCCUGGUGGCAUGUCUGGUGGGGUAAGUGUGUGUGUCAACGCUGUGUUUAAGUUGACUAUGCAAACAAUUAGGAAUUUCCAACACAUGAAUGUUUCUUAUAAAAACAAGAAGCGAUGCGGUCAGUCUUUCCUCAACUCUUAGCCAAGAGAGACUGGCAUGCAUAGUAUUAAUAUUAGCCCUCUGAUUACAAUGAAGGGCAAGACGUGCAGCUCUGUUCUGGGCCAGCUGCAGCUUAACUAGGUAUUUCCUUGCAGCACUCGACCACACGACUGGACAAUAAUCAAGAUAAGAUCAAACUAGAGCCUGCAGGACUUGCUUUGUGGAGUGUGUUGUCAAAAAAGCAGCACAUCUCUUUAUCAUGGACAGACCUCUCCCCAUCUUUACAACCAUUGAAUCAAUAUGUUUUGACCAUGACAGUUUACAAUCUAAGGUAACACCAAGUAAUUUAGUCUCCUCAACUUGCUCAACAGCUACACCAUUCAUUACCAGAUUCAGCUGAGGUCUGGAACUUAGGGAAUGAGUUUUAGAGAUGUUCAGGUUGAAAAGCCAUAACACAUGUUUUUUCAACAACAGGUUAUGGUCAAUAAUAUCAAAGGCAGCACUGAAAUCUAACAGUAUAGCUCCCACAAUCUUCUUACUAUACAUUUCUUUCAACCAAUCAUCAGUCAUUUGUUUCAGUGCAGUACAUGUUGAGUGCCCUUCUCUAUAAGCAUGCUGAAAGUCUGUUGUUAAUUUGUUUACAGAAAAAUAUAUAUUUGGUCAAACACAAUUUAUUCCAUCACUUUGCUAAGAGCUGGCAGCAUAGGCUGAUAGGUCGGCUGUUAGAACCAGUAAAGGCAGCUUUACCAUUCUUGGGUAGUGGAAUGACUUUGGCUUCCAUCCAGGCCUUAGGACAAACACUUUCCUCUAGGCCAGGGGUGUCAAACUCAUUUUAGCUCAGGGGCCACAUGGAGGAAAAUCUAUUCCCAAGUGGGCCGGACCGGAAAAAUCAUGGUAUAUAUAACUUAAAAACAACAACUUCAGAUUGUUUUCUUUGUUUUAAUACGAUCAACAUACAACAUAAAGCUGGAGCCUGAGGACAGUGUGUCCAAAAUAGUACAAGCACAACAUCACUAUUAAUCAUAAAACACGUCAAGUUUAUUUGAAAAUUCUAAAGAAAAAGAACACACAAACACACAAUGCCUCAGUGAUUAACAGAACUGUUUCACAGAUCACAUAACUAUAUCAGGGUGUCAUUUCUCAGGCAGAAAUGUAGAUAAAAAUAAUGAAAUCCUGUUCCCCAAACAAGUGCAAGAACCACAGAGUCAAGAAUAGGUUAAAUAUACAAAUAAAAUAAAAUCAAUUAAAAACAAUAGCACAUCAACAUAAAAACAUAUAAACAUAAAUCUGAAAGCGUUGCUCAAACUCCCGUAACAGUCCCGUUAUUUUAUCUUUGAACCGCUUCAUGUCUGCCACAUGUUGGGUCGCGCACAUAUUUUUCAGACAGGGGAAGUGAGCUGCAUCACCACCGGCAAGUUGCGUCUCCCACAAUGACAGCUUCAACUUGAAAGAACGUAUGCUGUCAUAAUACUGCGUGACAACUUUGUUGCGCCCUUGCAGCUGUUUGUUCAAGUUAUUCAGGUGCUCUGUAACAUCCACCAUAAAUGCAAGGUCCUGCAUCCAUUCUGCGGAAUGAAAUUCUAACACUGGGUUGCCCUUUUCUUCCAUGAACUGUUCAAUUUCUUCUCGUAAAUCAAAGAAACGCCUCAGCACAGCACCUCGGCUUAACCAUCUUACCUCAGUGUGGUAUGGCAGGCCAUAGAUGUGGUCUUUCUCUCUGAGAAGGCUGUCAAACUGACGGUGAUUCAGGCUUCUGGAUCGGAUGAAAUUAACAGUUUGGAUGACCACCUUCAUGACGUUUUCCAUCUUUAAUGACUUGCAACACAAAGCCUCCUGGUGCAAAAUACAGUGAAAAGUCAAAAAAUCACGUCCUCCAUUUGCAGAUUGCACUUUCUCUCUGAACUUUGUCACAACGCCUGCUUUUUUCCCGAUCAUUGAGGGCGCAUCAUCUGUAGCCAGGCUGACAGCGCGGGACCAGUCCACUCCGACCCUGUCCAGCGCGCCGACGAGUGCGGUAAAAAUAUCAGCUGCUGUCGUUGUAUCUGUCAUCGGCACCAACUCCACGAACUCCUCGGUGACGGUCAAUGUGUCAUCAACUCCGCGGAUGAAAAUGGCCAGUUGUGCAACAUCUGUAAUGUCCGUGCUUUCAUCAAUUGCAACCGAAAACGCAAUAAAUGACUUUACUUUUUGCUUCAACUGGCUGUCCAAAUCCACUGAAAGAUCGGAAAUCCUGUCUGCAACUGUGUUUCUUGUCAGGUUGAUAUUUUCAAAAGCCUGCCGCUUUUCAGGGCACACAAUCUCCGCUGCCUUCAUCAUGCAUGUUUUUACAAAUUCACCCUCACUAAAUGGUUUUGAAGCCACUGCGAUUUCAUUAGCAAUGAGGUAGCUAGCUUUCACUGCAGCGUCACUGAUGUCUCGGCUGUGAGUAAACACAGACUGCUGUUUCUUCAGACCCGCCAACAGUUCAUUCACCUUCUCUCAUCUCCGCUGUCCUUGAAAGUUGUCAUAUUUGUCGGCAUGAAGACUCACAUAGUGGCGACGAAGGUUAUAUUCUUUCAGCACUGCAACAUGCUCUGAACACACCAAACAUACAGCUUUCCCAUUCAAUUCAGUGAAUAAAUAGGAUGACCAUUUUUCUUGGAACACUUUGCACUCUGCGUCCACUUUUCUCUUUUUUGACAGAGACAUAUUGGGGCAAUGAGGGUGCCAAAGCACAUAAUGUUAAAAGUAGAAGCCGUAAUAAAUAUCGCGGGCAAAACAAAGUAGCUCAUUGGCUGCACGUGCUUGACCUACUUGCUCUGCCCCGGUAUAAACAGUUUGCUUGUUUAACACAAUAGCUAUUGCGCCAUCCAGUGGACGCAAUUGGAACAGCAGUUUAUUUUAUUGAAAAAUUGCAGCGCAUUUUUAUACUUUACAAAAUUAUUAUUAUUAAAUGGGUUUUUUUUUUAUCAUCUCGCGGGCCGGAUUAAACCCGUUUGCGGGCCUGAUCCGGCCCACGGGCCGGACGUUUGACACCCCUGCUCUAGGCUCAGAUUAAAUAUAUGACAUAUAGGAGUGGCUAUAGAGUCAGCUACCAUCCUCAGUAGCUUUCCAUCUAAGUUGUCAAUGCCAGGAUAUUUGUCAUUAUUGAUCGAUAACAAUACCUUUCCACCUCUCCCACACUCAUUUUACAAAAAUCAAACUUACAAUGCUUUCUUUCAUUUAAAAACAACAUUGUUUUAUGCAAUACGAUGGCUCACUGUUUGUUGUUGGCAUUUCCUGCCUAAGUUUGCCCACUUUGCCAAUGAAGGAAUCAUUAAAAUAAUUGGCAAUAUCAAAAGGUUUUGUGAUGAAUAAGCCAUCUGAUUCGAUGAAAGAUGGAGUUGAAUUUGUCUUUCUACCCAUAAUUUCAUAUGAAGUACUCCAAAGUUGAUUUUCAUAACUCUUUCCAUCAUUGAUCUUGGCUUCAUAAUACAGUUUCUUCUUCUUUUUGGACUAGGGUGUCAUUUCAGACACACUCCAGGAAUCCCACCACACCACAGUGAUCACAUAAUUAUGUGCACGACAACGGCAUGACGACGGAGGGAGCACAGCGUGGCAGACAAAAUAAGCCCUCUCCAAUGGCCUUGGCCAUAAAGCUUUCAGCCAGCCAACGUGAUAAAAUUUAUGGUGGAUUUCCUGCAGAGCAAAAGGUGAAUGUUCCGCUCUUUUCUCCAGUGUUUGUCUGCUGUGCUAGGAUUGCCUUUUUUAGCCCUGCCUCUGGCUCUGAGCUACACAGACCCAGACAGAGACACACAGAGACCCAGACCACACACAGCGAGGGCUGCUGGGUCUGUGAGGAGGAACAGGCUCAGUCUACCAUGCUGUGCACAGCACUCCAUCCUCAGUCCCACUGUUUUACAAAGCUGGGUGUCAUUCAAAACAGGAACCUUUUGUAGCCACCUUUUCAAUGUAGUGAAGGUAUUUGUUCUGAUUACGAAUAAAUGGCAUAGUAAUGAUCAGUGAUUAAUUAUCUGUAAUCAAUGAUAUGGAUCAAUAACAAUCUUGCUAAAAGAUACUGAUACUAUAGUCACGUUACUGUUCACUGUUAAUCAUUAUGAUGGGGUAAUGCUCUGCAGUACAUUGUUUUUUCAUGGCAGUAAAGGGUUAAUCAACAAACCGCACAUAUUUAAAAGUAAACCUUCAGGCGACACAGGCUACUACUCUACAGGCUACUACCCUACAGGCUACUACUCUACAGGCUACUACUCUACAGGCUACUACCCUACAGGCUACUACUCUGCAGGCUACUACCCUACAGGCUACUACUCUACAGGCUACUACUCUACAGGCUACUACUCUGCAGGCUACUACUCUACAGGCUACUACUCUACAGGCUACUACCCUACAGGCUACUACUUUACAGGCUACUACUCUACAGGCUACUACUCUACAGGCUACUACCCUACAGGCUACUACUCUACAGGCUACUACCCUACAGGCUACUACUCCACAGGCUACUACUUUACAGGCUACUACUCUACAGGCUACUACCCUACAGGCUACUACUCUACAGGCUACUACUCUGCAGGCUACUACCCUACAGGCUACUACUCUACAGGCUACUACUCUACAGGCUACUACCCUACAGGCUACUACUCUACAGGCUACUACUCUACAGGCUACUACUCUGCAGGCUACUACCCUACAGGCUACUACUCUACAGGCUACUACUCUACAUGCUACUACUCUGCAGGCUACUACCCUACAGGCUACUACUCUGCAGGCUACUAUUCUACAGGCUACUACCCUACAGGCUACUAUUCUACAGGCUACUACCCUACAGGCUACUACUCUACAGGCUACUACUCUACAGGCUACUACUCUGCAGGCUACUACUCUACAGACUACUACUCUACAGGCUACUACUCUGCAGGCUACUACUCUACAGGCUACUACUCUACAGGCUAAUACCCUACAGGUUACUACUCUACAGGCUACUACUCUGCAGGCUACUACUCAACAGGCUACUACUCUACAGGUUACUACUCUGCAGGCUACUACCCUACAGGCUACUAUUCUACAGGCUACUACCCUACAGGCUACUACUCUGCAGGCUACUACUUUGCAGGCUACUACCCUACAGGCUACUACUCUACAGGCUACUACUCUAUUUAGAUAUUGAAUACUGCAUUGUUGGGAAGGGAUGCAAAGCUAUCGAUAAUUUACCAAAGUUACCAGAAUCUUCAGUAAUUAACAGAAAAUCUAUGCCAAUCUAUCAUAACUUUAGUAAUUUAUACUUUAAUAACUUUUUUUUAAAAUAUAUUCAUAUUGUCCAUGAGUUUCUAGAGAAAAUAGCCUAAUUAAUGAAAAAAGCAUCUAAUCAACAAUUGCAUUAUCUUCAAUUAACUCUGCAAGUAUUCCAACUAUUGACUUUUCUUCACAACUGCCACCAGUUUGAUGCCAAAACAUUGACAACAAAUACAUAUUGACAUAGUAAAAUAAAUCAAAGUGUGUAAAAAAAUGUAUUAAGGAUAUUUCAUACUGAAACCCUCAUAUUAAACACCAAUGGUAUUCAGUAAGUUGAUGGUUUAUAUUUAGGAUAAUGUUUUACCGCUUUGAUUUUGAUUUUGAUUUUAUUUAAUAAUCUUAUUUAAUUAUUUAAAAUAUUUGACAUGUGAUAAGGCCACACAAAUGGCCAGAGAUAAUUACAGACACCUGUGAUAGUCUGAAGUGCCCAAAAGGGUGAUAGAUUACAUAAAAUCCUUGAAAGAUACCAAAAAUUCUGGUAGUUUACUGGUAAACUUAGAAAGUUUCCAGUAACAAACCUCCCUUUGCAACCCUACUGUUGGGAAGGGCAUGCAAGUUAAGCAUUUCACUGUACUUGUGUGUGUAACAAAUACAACUUGAAACUACUUACUCUCUGUCAAUGACCAGGCAGGUGACAGCUUCAGCAGCGAUCACAUUAGCCGUCCUGAUGUCCUCUCUGUGGGGACACAAAGUGUCAACACAUCAGUCAAACGUAUCCCCACAUUCCUCACUCUUGGACGUAAGUCACUGUCCAUUCAAAAAGUAAUACCUCAUGUUAAAUUCUAAUUAGAUUUAGCCUCAAGUGAAUACAAUUUUUAAAAAAUGUGAAUACAGAAUUGCAAACAUACCAUUCAAAACAUCCAAUAAAUUGUAUAUAGUCAUGAUCGUCCUCUCUACAGUUAUCUAUGCCAUCAUCAGAAUCCCCUUCACUGUAACCUGAAUAAGUCUAUAAUUACCUGCGAUCCACCUGUGAACCCCCCCCCCCCCCCCCCCACACACACACACACACACACACACACACACUCCAAUCUGGCACCAGCUCAACUGAUGUCUGUCUAUUAGUCUGAGGGAGUGUCUUUUCCAAACUGAUGCGUGUGAAAGGUCACAUCCAGCAGCUGUGCAGCAUGAUAAUUACAGUGAGGUGAAAGAGUUAAUAACACACUGUCCAUCAACACAGAGGGGAUGGUCCUAUAGAGCUAUAGCACAUUGCUGGAAGAGGCUAUCUACUGUUGGUUUUCCUGAGCCUAGAGUACCAGUAAAUGGCUAUCCCUAAUGAGCAUCAACUGACAGUAAAUGGCUAUCCUUAAUAAGCAUCAACUGCCAGUAAAUGGCUAUCCCUCAUGAGCAUCAACUGCCAGUAAAUGGCUAUCCCUAAUGAGCAUCAACUGCCAGAGAUCAGUAAGAGACAAAUAUAACCACGAGACCACUUCCCAAGACUAUACGCUAAGUUCCUAUUGGUGGAUGCAUGUAACUUAUAUCACACCAAUGAAUGGGGGAUGUCCAGAUGAUUUCAUAACGAACUAAAAAUAGCAGAAUGGUGGCCGAACGAACACCUUGCUAGUAAUAGCAUACAGCAUAUCUGUACGUGUGACAGGCAUCUCUGUAAUUGACAUUAAUUCAAUAUGGUUACUUAUACCAGGGCAUUGUUGAAUACUUGUUUCUGAUUGGUUUGAAGGGCAUUCUAGAUCGUGCAUUAUUUCCCUAUUACGCACGGUAGAAUUCAAUGGCUAUAGAUCAUUUUUACAUGUUUUGUUUGACAGAACUAUCUGGUGACAGAGGGAGAGAGGGAGCCGGAGAGGGGGAAAAAUUAGAGGGGAAUAUCUAUCCAGCCCAGUGUAACAUAUGAGCCCUCUAAUAGACAGACCAGGGAGAACAGCUGUGAAUUCCCACCCUGCUCAUGGACAAGGCAACAAUUCUCUGGAUUUCACAAGAACAUCCUGGGAAUCUACAGGCUGAGGUGGCCAUUUUACACAGAACACAGCAUCCAUCACAGUUGUUGCUAGCCGACCACCCACCUAGUCUUACACAUUCAUUUCAAUGCUUCGGUAAACAACUGAUAUGUGUAAGCAGAUACCUCCCAACGAGGGAGCAGGAUGCCAUUCUUCAAGCCAAUUAGCACGUAUUAUGGCAGGGAGAUGGAAACAUCUACGGUACACUACAGACUCCAGUAGAGUUGCUAUAUCACCAGAUACCUCCCAGUGAAAUGAGAGGAGAGCUUUCUAGAGAUAGGAUGUCAUUCUUCAAACCAAUUAGCAUGUAUUAUGGCAGGGGCAAGGAGAGAGAAACACAUCACACACCAAACAUUAUAUAACUACUAUGAACUUCGAGGGAGGGUACUAGACAGGGAAAGAGGAGAGAGAGAGAUACACUACCAGUCAAAAGUUUGGACACACCUACUCAUUCAAGGGUUUUUCUUUAUUUGUACUAUUUUUUACAUUGUAGAAUAAUAGUGAAGACAUCAAAACUAUGAAAUAACACAUAUGGAAUCAUGUAGUAACCAAGAAAAGUGUUAAACAAAUCAAAAUAUAUUUUAUAUUUGAGAUUCUUCAAAUAGCCACACUUUGCCUUGAUGACAGCUUUGCACACUCUUGGCAUUCUCUCAACCAGCUUCAUGAGGUAGUCACCUGGAAUGCAUUUCAAUUAACAGGUGUGCCAUCUUAAAAGUUAAUUUGUGGAAUUUAUUUCCUUCUUAAUGCGUUUCAGCCAAUUAGUUGUGUUGUGACAAGGUGGGGGGGGGGGGGGGGGGGGGGGGGGGGGGGGGGGGGUAUACAGGAAGAUAGCCCUAAUUGUUAAAAGACCAAGUCCAUAUUAUGGCAAAACCAGUCCAUAUUAUGGCAAGAACAGCUCAAAUAAGCAAAGAGAAAUUACAGUCCAUCAUUACUUUAAGACAUGAAGGUCAGUCAAUACGGAACAUUUCAAGAACUUUGAACGUUUUUUCAAGUGCAGUCGCAAAAAACAUCAAGCGCUAUGAUGAAACUGGCUCUCAUGAGGACCACCACAGGAAUGGAAGACCCAGAGUUACCACUGCUGCAGAGGAUACGUUCAUUAGAGUUACCAGUCUCAGAAAUUGCAGCCAAAAUAAAUGUCACAGACACAUCUCAACAUCAACUGUUCAGAGGGGACUGUGUGAAUCAGGCCUUCAUGGUCGAAUUGCUGCAAAGAAACCACUACUAAAGGACACCAAUAAGAAGAAGGGCCCUGCUUGGGCCAAGAAACACGAGCAAUGGACAUUAGACCGGUGGAAAUGUGUCCUUUGGUCUGGAGUCCAAAUUUGAGAUUUGUGGUUCCAACCGCCUUGUCUUUGUGAGACAUGGUGUGAGUGAACGGAUGAUCUCCGCAUGUGUAGUUCCCACCACAAAGCAUGGAGGAGGAGAUGUUAUGUUGUGGGGGUGCUUUGCUGGUGACACUGUCUGUGAUUUAUUUAGAAUUCAAGGCACACUUAACCAGCAUGGCUACCACACAUCUAUCUGGUUUGGGCUUAGUGGGACUAUCAUUUGUUUUCAACAGGACAAUGACCCAACACACCUCCAGGCUGUGUAAGGGCUAUUUAACCAAGAACGAGAGUGAUGGAGUGCUGCAUCAGAUGACCUAGCCUCCACAAUCCCCCGACCUCAACCCAAUUGAGAUGGUUUGGGAUGAGCCGGACCGCAGAGUGAAGGAAAAGCAGCCAACAAGUGCUCCGCAUAUGUGGGAACUCCUUCAAGACUGUUGGAAAAGCAUUCCAGGUGAAGCUGGUUGAGAGAAUGCCAAGAGUGUGCAAAGCUGUCAUCAAGGCAAAGGGUGGCUAUUUGAAGAAUCUCAAAUACAACAUAUAUUUUGAUUUGUUUAACACUCUUUUUGUUACUACAUGAUUCCAUAUGUGUUAUUUCAUAGUUUUGAUAUCUUCACUAUUAUUCAACAAUGUAGAAAAUAGUAAAAAAUAAAGAAAAACCCUUGAAAGAGUAGGUGUGUCCAAACUUUUGACUGCUACUAUAUAUAGAGAUAGAGACAGAGACAGGGAGCGAGAGAGAGAGAGAGAGAGAGAGAGGAGAAGAGAGAGAAGAGAGAGAGAGAGAGAGAGAGAGAGGAGAUAAGAUAGAGAGAGAGAUAGAGCAUGAGUAGAGAGAUAGAGAGAGAAGCCAAAGAGAAAGAAAUCUAUAGUAAGCAGAUGAGAAUCGAGAUCCCGCCACAUCCUCUCUCCCCCCGUCUCUCUCUCUCCCCUCUCGCUCUCUCUCUCUCUCUCUCUCCUCCGCUCUCUCUCCUCGCUCUCAUCUAGAGAGCGAGAGCGAUCUCUAUGCUCUCGAUCAGCCAUAGCCUGUCCAUGCUCCAGAGAUCAAUUUUAGUCUUAGUAGACCAUGCCUUCACCGACACCAAUCAACAACCAGAGAGAGAGCAGCCUGGAGGAAAGGUUAUGCUUGUCAAUCUCACUGGAAAUGUGUGCACAUAACAAAGACUAGGGGGAAAUAUAAAUGCCAUAGGCAUUUAAGGCCUCAGUUUAUCACCACCCAGCCAAGAAAGUCCACAGAUUAGGCGAGAUGCCAGGAAAAACAAAGGCUUUGUAAAGUAGCAUAGAGCUGGUCAGGCUGCUCAUACCAACUGCCAAACUAACUCCGGCGAAAUUAGACAUUCACUCAUCAUCCUGCUCACUUAGGCUCAGCAGCUGGAAGGCUCUGACGAUGAAUUGAGUACUGAUUGGUCCUAAGCAUCCUUGGGCAAAGUUCCGGCAGGUACUGUAUGUGUACCCAUGUGUGGCUGAGAGGGAAAAAGAAAGAAGUCUGUGUGUGUUUCUGUGUGUGUGUUUGUGUGUGUGUGUGUGUGUUUCUGUGUGUGUGUGUGUGUGUUUGUGUGUGUGUGUGCAUCCUGUGUGUUUGAGAGAGAGAGAGAGGACUCCUGACACCUCCCUUAUAGCCAAUAAUUAGCCUUAAUGUGAGGGACAAGGUGUUUUGUUUAAAACAGAUAUGAAAGUCCACUUAGCAUACAACCUCCUCCACAUCAAAGCCAGUAAUCCACUCAAAACCCUUUAACCACAAGGAUUAUUGUGCUGUCCUGUCUGUAGUCAACUCUUCACGACUCACUCACCUCCUCCCCCAAAGCAGCUCUAGCACAUAUCGCUAAAGAUCAAUGUCAGCGUCUUGGGUAAACAGCACGGCCCCUUUUUUUAAGCACUGAUUGAUUUGCUAAACACAGUAUUAAUGGAGAAGACUGUGUGCUAAUUAAGGCAAAGGAGAGGAGGAGAGAUCAAAGGGAGAGCGGCAGAUUUGGAGAUGUAGCGCCUUUCAAAGUUUAACUAAUACACCACCAUAGCUCGUUAUGUCCUAGCUGUUCAGGGCUGUGGCUGCUUCGAUGUUCAGCGUAUAACAAGACAUCUCUGUCUUUGUUUGUAGUGGAAAACAGAACCAAGAAUUGUAAUGCUAUUAACUAAGGAGAGGAAACCCCAGUGCGAUACAAUACAUUUAUUGCGUUUUCCAAUGAUAUGAACAAAAUGUCAAUGAUGUGUUUAGUCUGGCAACAAACAACAUAACAUCUUAUUCUUAUACCUUAACAAGAUUCAUAAUUGUAUUAUCUAAAUUUUUUCAAAUCAAAAUCAAAUCAAAUCCAUUUUUAUUGGUCACAUACACAUAUUUAGCAGAUGUUAUUGCGGGUGUAGCGAAAUGCUUGUGUUCCUAGCUCCAACAGUGCAGUAGUAUCUAACAAGUCACAACAAUACACACAAAUCUAAAAGUAAAAGAAUGGAAUUAAGAAAUAUAUAAAUAUUAGAUCGAGCAAUGCCGGAGUGGCAUUGACUGAAAUACAGUAGAAUAGAAUACAGUAUGUACAUAUGAGAUGAGUAAAGCAGCAUGUAAACAUUAUUCAAGUGACUAGUGUUCUAUUAUUAAAGUGGCCAGUGAUUCCAAGUCUAUGUAUAUAGGGCAGCAGCCUCUACGGUGCAGGGUUGCGUAACCGUGUGGAAGCCGGCUAGUGAUGGCUAUUUAACAGUCUUAUUAUUCAGUAGAACAAUAUUAAACUGUUUGUUUACACCUUCAGGUUUUAUCUUUAUUUGCUAUGCUUGUUCUGUUGAAGUGUUUAUGUACUAUUCCUUCUGAAAAACAACAGAAGCUAUAUAAAACGUUUAAAUUGCAUGCAUUUGAAAAUGUCUACGUUGGUCAGUCCAAAAUUGCUUUUUAAUUCUGUUAUGGAAAUAAUUGUAUUUCCUAUUAUCAAGUCAUUUAUGGUCUCUAUGCCUUUAGUUUUCAAUGUGGCCAAUUUAUCUGUGAAUUCUGAAAAGCUAUCCAAGGAUUGUUCCAAAGGGGUGUGUUUUUAGGGAGUGAUACAGGUUCGUGUAGAAUCUGUUUCAUUUUCUUCCAUAUUUUUAUGGUGUUUUUACUAUGGAGUUGUAAAUGUUCUUAGCGCCAUCCUUUGAAAACAGACACGUGAAAAGAUUCUGGGGAUGAGCAUGCACAUCUUCAAUAUGUACCCAUUGUUCCUCUUUAGUGCAUUUAACUAUAUAUUGCAAGUAAAAGCCUUGGGUAGCGAGUUGAUACAAUUCCAAGACUUGAAGGUGAAAACCAUCCUCAGUUUUAGGGACAUGUAAAACGUAAUUCAUUCGAAGAGUUUUAUUUCCCCAUAUAAAGUCUGCUAUGGCCGAGUAUACUUUUUUAAAGAAUGUCUUUUAUAUCACAAAAUGUCGAACUGAAAUCUUUUGCACAUCAGAGCAAUGUUGAGGGAAUUCUAUUUGAGUCAGAAAAGGAUAUGAUAUGAUUGGUAAGAUACACUAAAACUUGCAGACAGCCUAUCCAACUGAAAUCUCUAAAUAAACUAUUGGAACCAAGACUUAAAAAUAACUGAUAUCGGCAUAAGAUGGAGUGAGUGUUGGAACAUAACUAACGAAAUUACAGUUAAUGAAAAUAUGCACUUAACCCAGUAUAAACUAAUGUACAGAAUUUAUUAUACAAGAGACAAAAUUCACAAAUUCUACAGCAGAACGGCAGAGUCAUGUCUUAAGUGUAAAACUAACAGUGACUCAAUGAUUCAUGCCUUCUGGGAGUGCUAUGAAAUCCAAAAGUUAUGGGCGGAGUUAGAAAGUUGGCUGUCAGAAGUUUUACAAUAUACAUUUACUUUUAAUCCAUCUAUCUGCAUAUUUCAAGACAUGGCAUAUGAGGGUGUGGUGAGAUAUAUUUUGAUAUCAAAAAAUGGAAAUCAAAUUAUCCUCCAUUGUGAAGACAGUGGAUGAAUCAAAUGUAUUAUUAUCUAAAUAUUGAACAACAAAAAAAAGUGAGCUACAGAGAGAAACAAAAUAGUACAAUUUGAAGCCAUAUAGCAUAAAGUAUUACAAGCACUGGAGAUAUCCAAAGGAUGAGGAAUGAGAGAAAAUGUUAUUGUGAGAUGGGCAGGAAGGGUGUGGAUACGGUGGGAACAUGUGGGUCUAAGCAAGUGUGAUGUCAUGAAUGUUGGUUGAAAUGUAAAUAUGUAAAUUUUAAGUUGUCUAUUGUUUUAGGCUAUAUAUGUUUUUAUAUUGCCCCCCCAUCCCAAAAAAUAAAUAUAAUUGAGCAAUUUUCACACUGCUGCAAAUGUUAGCCUGGCCCAUUGACUGUACACAACUGAAGCCACCAUAUAGCCACCUGAGAGCUGUCAUAGCUCGAGGGAACACCAGGAGGCACUGUCUCUUUCAAUCACAGCCUGACACUGGAUUUAAUCAUCCCUCCCUGAUACUGUCACCUCUCUCUCCUCUCUAGUCUCCUCGCCUCUAAUCUGAGCUGGGAGCAGGUCACUGUGCCUAUCUCUCACUGCCUCCAGUCAGCCAAUCAAUAGAGCUCGUAGACUCCUAACUGACUACUGAAUUAUAUAAUGGGUGGUUAAGGAGUAUCUCUCAGCUUUACGUCAUAGGAUGACAGGGCUAUUAUGAUUAUGAAAUAAUACCAUUCUAAGCACUCGCUUUCAGGAAAAUAGUUUAAUGUCAAAUGAGGUGACAAGCAAAGAUUUGGUUUGAAUUUGUUUACUUCCCUUUUGUACUUAUUCUACAUUGAAUAUCUGAAUGCUUUUUCUGCUGCAGCAUUAACACAUCCUUUUCAAAAGUGAUCCGGUUAACAGCUCAUGUUAGAGUUUGAGCCUUCUCUUUCCCAGGAGAUGAUUAAAAGUCGAGAGGUGAGCUUUUCUAAACCUCACCGUUCACUUUCUACUGGCCUGAGGCGAACAAUGCUUAACCUUCCGUCAUGCCUGUGAGAGCUUCCAGUCCAGUCCAUCUCCUCUCUAAUACAGACAACUUCACCUGCCUUAACCCUGACUACUUCCUUUGUUAACACUUUACAUUUUAGUCAUUUAGCAGACGCUCUUAUCCAGCGCGACUUACAGGAGCAAUUAGGGUUAAGUGCCUUGCUCAAGGGCACAUCGACAUAUUUUUCACCUAGUCGGCUCGGGGAUUAGAACCAGCGACCUUUCGGUUACUGGCACAAUGCUCUUAACCACUAAGCUACCUGCCGCCACUUCUCUCCCCACUGGGCCUCACGACUCCAGGAAUCAAUAACACUCCUUCAGCUGUCGUGGCAACCUGUAACCCAUCAUAUAGGUAUCCCUGCUAUUUAACUCUCCUCACACCACACUGACUCAAAGACUGUCUGUCUGGCUGAGUGAAAGAGCGAGCCCCAGGUCUUCAUUGAUUGACUGUGCCAGUCAUUGUGAUAGCUGCUGCUUUCUACAACUCAGGACCAAUGACCUGAAUAACAUUGUUCCACAGCUAUACCAGGACAGAGAAGAAUGGCUGAACUUCAGGUAGCUGUCAUGUCAAGGAAAGAGCUUUUGUUAGGUUAACACAGUGAGAUGAAACCAUUAAAAAAAAAGAGUAUUAAUAUAAUUGGAGCCGAUUCGCAGCAAAAAAGAAUUCUGUCACAUUUACUUUUAUCAUUCAUCUGUACUGUACUGCACAUAAUGUAGGUCUGCUUGUAUAACUUUACACUGUAAUGCAGUACUUCAUAAUACACCCCACUUGAUCUACUGACCUGACUUUUUUGAUACAACCUCUCUUCCACAACACAACCUCUCUUCCACGAUACAACCUCUCUUCUAAAAUACAACCUCUCUUCACGAUACAACCUCUCUUCCACGACACAACCUCUCUUCCACGACACAACCUCUCUUCCACAACACAACCUCUCUUCCACGAUACAACCUCUCUUUUAAAAUAGAACCUCUCUUACACGAUACAACCUCUCUUUUAAAAUACAACCUCUCUUCACGAUACAACCUCUCUUCCACGGCACAACCUCUCUUCCAUGACACAACCUCUCUUCCACGAUACAACCUCUCUUUUAAAAUAGAACCUCUCUUCACGAUACAACCUCUCUUCCACAACACAACCUCUCUUCCACGAUACAACCUCUCUUCUAAAAUAGAACCUCUCUUCCACGAUACAACCUCUCUUCUAAAAUAGAACCUCUCUUCACGAUACAACCUCUCUUCCACGACACAACCUCUCUUACACGACCCAACCUCUCUUCCACGACACAACCUCUCUUCCACCACACAAUCUCUCUUCCAAAAUACAAUCUUCUUCCGCAAUAGUGCCUCUCUCCAUGGUCUCUACCAGGUCAACAACAUACAGCAGCGGGAGGAAUUGGAAUAUGUGAACAGCUGAACUUUAGGUUGACUUUGCCUUUAAGUGGUAUGACGUGAUGAGAGGGAACUGAGAGAUCUGACUGAUCUGACAAGGUGGGGCUCUUCAAUCACACAGUGAGAUGGCCUAUAGAGAGCGCCUUUCCAUCAUCUCCCUCUAUCACCCCCCAUCACUCUCUAUCUCCCUCUAUCACCCUCUAUCUCCCUCUAUCUCCCUCUAUAUCCCCUAUCACCCUCAAUCUCCCUCUAUCACCCUCUAUCACCCUCCAUCUCCCUCUGUCUCACUCUAUCUAACUCUAUCACCCUCUAUCACCCUCCAUCUCCCUCUAUCACCCUCUUUCUUCCUCUAUCACCAUCUAUCUCCCUCUAUCACCCUCUAUAUCUCUCUAUCCCACUCUAUCCCCCUCUAUCACCCUCUAUCUCUCUCUAUCUCCCUCUAACUCCUUCUAUCACCCUCUAUCAUCCUCUUUCACCCUCCAUCACCCUCUAUCUCUCUCUAUCACCGUCUAGCACCCUCUAUCUCCCUCUAUCACCCUCUAUAUCUCUCUAUCCCACUCUAUCCCCCUCUAUCACCCUCCAUCACCCUCUAUCUCUCUCUAUCACCCUCUACCACCCUCCAUCUCUCUCUAUCACCCUCUAUCACCCUCCAUCUCCCUCCAUCACCCUUUAUCACCCUCUAUCUCUCUCUAUCUCCCUCUAUCACCUUCUAUCUCCCUCGAUCACCCUCUAUCACACUCCACCUCCCUCCAUCACCCUCUAUCUCCCUCCAUAUCCCUCUAUCACACUCUAUCACCCUCCAGCUCCCUCCAUCUCCCUCUAUCACCCUCUAUCACCCUCCAUGUCCCUCUAUCACCCUAUUUCUCCCUCUAUCACCCUCCAUCUCCCUCUAUCACCCUCUAUCUCUCUCUCUCCCUCUAUCCCCCUCUAUAACCCUCUAUCUCUCUCUAUCUCCCCCUAUCACCCUCUUUCACCCUCCAUCCCCCUCCAUCACCCUGUAUCUCCCUCCAUCACCCUCUAUCUCCCUCUAUCACCCUCUAUCUCCCUCUAUCACCCUCUAUCUCCCUCUAUCACACUCUAUCACCCUCUAUCUCCCUCUAUCACCCUCUAUCUCCCUCUAUCACACUCCAUACCCUCUAUCUCCCUCUAUCACCCACCAUCUCCCUCUUUCACUCUCUAUCACCCUCUUUCACCCUGUAUCUCCCUCCAUCACCCUCUAUCUCCCUCUAUCACACUAUAUCACCCUCCAGCUCCCUCCAUCUCCCUCUAUCACCCUCUAUCACCUCUAUCACUCUCUAUAACCAUCUAUCACCCCCCCGCUCCCCCAUCCCUUAUCCCACCCCUUUUCCCCCCUCCCGUCCCUCCAUCUCUCUCUAUCAACUCUUCACCCUCCCAUUCCCCCCCCUAUCCCAAAAACCCACCCCCUUUUUUCUCUUAUCACCCCCAAUCAUAAACACCCCCUUUUCCCCCCUUCCUCUUCCCUCUAAACAAACCCCCUAUCAACCCCCCCAUCUCCUCAUCAAACCCCAUCACUCUCUUUCCCCCCCUUUUCCCUUUCCCUCAACUCUAACUUCUCUAACAAACCCCCAUCUCCCCCUUCACAUUGCCUCCUUCUAUCUCCCUCUAUCCCCUCUAUCACCCCCAUUUUCCUUUCCCCCAACCCCUUUUCAAACCCCCUACUCCUCUAUUCCCUCCCCCUUUUACCUUCUAUCUCCCCCCUAACACCCUCCAUUUGGGCCUUUUAUCUCCCUUAUCACCCCCAUCACCCUCCACUCCCUCCAAACUCCCUCUACAACCCCUUUUCAACCCCCUAUCUCCCCGUAUACCCGGAUCACCAAAAUUUAAAACUCUCUCUAAACCCCCCUAGAUCGCUUAUAUCUCCCCUAUCACCCUUUGAUCACCAUUAAACAACCCCCUUUAACCCUUUUUCACCCCCAAACCCUCAUCACCCUCAUCAAAAACUUUUAAACUCUCCUUUUCUCCCCUCUAUAACCCCUAUCCCCAAUAUAAACCCCCUAUAUCCCCCACACCCUUCCAAACCCCCCUAUAUAAAAACCCACCCCCCUCUUUUCCACCCCCCCUCGCCCCUUUUGCCUCUUAUCACCCUUAAACCACUCAUCCCCCCCCAGUCCCUCCAUUUCCCCCUAUAACCCCUUUUUCCCCCCUUUUAAAUUUGUGUACACCCUGGGGUCAACCCCCAAUCUCCCUCUAUCACCCUUAUCUUCUCUAUCACCCUCUUUUCUCCCUAUCAACCCCCCCCUUUCACCCUUUUUAACCCCCCAUUCCCUCCCUUCCCCCCCUAUUUUUUCCAUCAACCCCCUAUAACCCUCUAUUUUUUCUCCCCCUAUAACACCCCUUUUUCACCCUAUCCUCUCCUUUUCUCCCCCUAUACCUUCCAUCUCCCUCCCCCCUCCCUCUAUAAACCCUUUUAUCUUUUUCCCCUUCCCCCCAACCCCCUUUUUUUUUAACAUUCAUCCUCUCUUUCCCCCUAUAACCCCCCCUUUUCCCCCCCCCAUCCCCCUCCACACCCUGUAAUCUCCCCCCUCACCCUCUUCUCCCCCAUCACCCCCUAUUUUCCCCCCUUUUCACCCCUAUCUCCCCUUCACACUCUAUUUACCCCCUACUCCCUCUUUUCCAACCCUUUUUAAACCCCCUUUUUCCGUUAAACACCCGGGGUCCCCUCAAUCUCCCCUAUCACCCUCUAUUCUUCCCAUUCCCCGAUUCCCCAUCACCCCCUACCCCCCUCUUUAACCCCCCUUUUCCCCCAUCACCCUCUAUCCUUUCCCAUCACCCUCAUCACCCCUAUCUCCCCUAUCUCCCCUUCACCCAUUUAUAAACCCCCCCGAUUUUUAUCUCCCUCUACACCUUCCCUCCCCCCCAUCUCCCCUAUACCCUCUAUCCCCUCCUCUCUCCCUCUAUCCCCCUUUUAAAACCCCCUAUCUUUUAUUCCCCCCCCUACCCCCUUUUAAACCCUCCCCCCCUCCCACCCCCCCUUAUCCUUCCCCCCCAUCAACCCCCUAUCUCCCCCUACACCCCCCAUUCCCCCCUAUCACCCUUAUCUCCCCCAAAACACACUCUAUUUCCCCCCUCAUCUCCCUCUAUACCCUAUUUCCCCCAUCCCCCCCCCCAUCUCCCCUUUUACUCUCUUUACCCUUUUCACCCCGUUUUCUCUCCCUCCAUACCCUCUUACUCCCCUAUAACAAUUUUUCACCCCCCCCGCUCCCCCCCCCUUUCCCCCUUUUCACCCCUAUCCCCCCCUCUUCACUCUCUAUAAACCCAUCACCCCCCACUCCCCCACUCCCCUAUCCCCCUCUAUUUACCCCCCAGCUCCCCCAUCUCCUCAUAAACCCCUAUUCACCCCCUACCCCCCCUUUAAAACCCCUAUCCCCCCCCAUUUUCUCUCUCACACCCUCCAUCACCCUCUAUCACCCCAAAAAUCCCUCCAUCCCCUUUUAUACCCUCUAUCCCCUCCAUCUCCCCCUAAACACCCUCAUCACUCUCUUUAACCCUCCUUCUCCCCAAACACACUCUAUCUCUCUCUAUUUCCCCUCUAUCCCCAAUCACUAUCUGCCCCCUCUAUCUCCCCCUUCCCCCUCUAUCACCCCCCUCUCCCCCAAACCCUUUUUUUCCCCCCUAGCUCUCUUUUACUCCCCUAUCACCUUUUCCCCCUUUUCCCCCCCCAUCUGCCCUUUUUCCCUCUAAACACCCUCUAUCAACCCCCCAGCUCCCUCCCUCUCCCUUUAUCCCCUUACAACCCUUUUAUUUUCCCCCUUUUCCCCCCUGGAUACCCUCUCUCUCUCUAUCUUCCCCCCCAUCGCUUAUAUCUCCCUCUAUCACCCCCGACCCCAUCUUUUCACCCCCCUAUCACCCUUUUUUAUCACCCUCCAAACCCCUCUCUAUCAAGGGUAACAACCCCAAUUCCCCUAAACCCCCUAAACACCCUCUAUUACCCAAAAAAACCCUCUAUUUUUCCCCUUUUCACCCUCCAAACUCCCUAUAUCACCCUCUAUCACCCCUAAAUCCCCCCCUCCAUCUUUCCUCUAUUGCCUCAUCCCCCCUACACCCCUCUAUCACCCCCAGUCCCUAAAAUUUCCCCCUAUCACCCUUUUCACCCCUAUCUCCUUUUAACAAACCCCGGAAACACCUUCAAUUCCCUCUAUCACCCUCCCAUCUCUCUCUAAACCAAACCCCCUUUUCACCCCCUUAAACGCCCCUAUUUCCCCCCUGGAUACCCUUUUUCACCCUCUAGCUCUCUCUAUUCCUUAUCAAAUUCCUCUCCUCUAUCACACUCUAUCACCCUCCAGCCUCCUCCAUCGCCUAUAAUCACUUAUCAACCUCUAUCUCAGGUAUUCACCUGGAUCACCCUCCAAAUCUACAUCAUCACCCUCGAUCUAUCUCUAUCACCAUCUAAUCACAUCUAUCUCCCUCUAUCUCCCUGUAUCACCCUUUAUCACCCUCUAGAUCUCUCUAUCUCCCUCUAUCACCUUCCAUCUCCCUCUAUCACCCUCUAUCACCCUCCAUCUCCCUCCAUCUCCCUCUAUCACCCUCUAUCACACUCUAUCACCCUCCAGCUCCCUCCAUCUCCCUCUAUCACCCUCUAUUUAUUUAUUUUGAUUUCACCUUCAUUUAACCAGGUAAGCCAGUUGAAAACAAGUUCUCAUUUACAACUGUGACCUGGCCAAGAUAAAGCAAAGCAGUGCGAUAAAAACUACAACACAGAGUUACAUAUGCGGUAAAACAAAACAUAAAGUCAAAAAUACAACAGAAAAUAUAUAUACAGUGUGUGCAAAUGUAGUUAUGGAGGAAGGCAAUAAAUAGGCUAUAGUGCAAAAUAAUUACAACUAGUAUUAACACUGGAAUGAUAGAUGUGCAAGAGAUGAUGUGCAAAUAGAGAUACUGGGGUGCAAAUGAGCAAAAUAAAUAACAAUAUGGGGAUGAGGUAGUUGGGUGGGCUAAUUUCAGAUGGGCUGUGUACAGGUGCAGUGAUCGGUAAGGUGCUCUGACAACUGAUGCUUAAAGUUAGUGAGGGAGAUAAGAGUCUCCAGCUUCAGAGAUUUUUCAAAUUCGUUCCAGUCAUUGGCAGCAGAGAACUGGAAGGAAUGGCGGCCAAAGGAGGUGUUGGCUUUGGGGAUGACCAGUGAGAUAUACCUGCUGGAGCGCAUACUAUGGGUGGGUGUUGCUAUGGUGACCAAUGAGCUAAUCACCCUCCAUCUCCCUCUAUCACCCUCUAUCUCUCUCUAUCCCCCUCUAUCACCCUCUAUCUCCCUGUAUCACCCUGGAUCACCCUCAAUCUCCAUCUAUCACCCUCUAUCUCCCUCUAUCACCAUCUAUCACCCUCUAUCUCCCUCUAUCUCCCUCUAUCACCAUCUAUCACCCUCUAUCUCCCUCUAUCACCCUCUAUCUCCCUCUAUCUCCCUCUAUCACCAUCUAUCACCCUCUAUCUCCCUCUAUAACCCUCUAUCCCCCUCUAUCUCUCUCUAUCUCCCUCUAUAACCCUCUAUCACUCUCUAUCUCCCUCUAUCACCCUCUCUCUUUUACUCUCUACCUUCCUCUCAGUCCUGGUGAGGUGAUCUUGGUGUUUUAUACUAUAAUUUUACAUAUUCCACUGACUUUCAUACUAUUGUAUUGAAGGUGAUUAGAAAGAAGUCGUUUCUCAUUCAGUCUUGCAAAUCUUUAUAUUAUGGACCUUUCCACAGACAAGACUAACCAACUUACCCCUGCAGAGCUUUCUCCCCAAACCAGUCUCCUUUGCCCAGGCCUCGCAGGUACACAGGCAUAUCAUUGGAAGAAUCCUCCCUGGUGACGUUCACCUGUAAGGAAAGGGAUCAGCAGUCAUUAAUUGCUCUAAUAUUGGAGUCUCCUUCCAAAAAAAAACCUGUGGCAGAGGAAAGGCCGCUAGACCAGUAAGCCUAUGUUUUAAAAUUACGAUUUAACAGCAGGGAGUUCCAUCACAAAUAGAGUAUAUACUCUCAUGAAGAUGAGAUCACCUCUUUCUGACAUUGAACUAACCUCUACCGUAAUCACCAUAGUAGACAAGCCUUGGCUAGCCCCACAGACGCCUUGCACCUCUACCAUUAAUACACGCGCCUCUAUUAUAAAAAGGUUGGUCACCUUCCCCUUGCUGAUGAUGAAGAAGGUGUCCCCUCUGGCUCCCUGUCUGAUGAUGUACUCCCCGUCCCCGUAGUGCGUCUGUAGGGAGAGGAAGAGCAGUGUCACUCAACGAUGUCAUGAACUGUCCGAAGAGACCUGACAGAGUCCUCAGCGUCAGGCACUCAAACACCAUGUUGAAUCAUCACCAGUCCCCCAAUGUAGAAUGGCCUUUAGGAAAAUAGGAUCACUGUGUACACAGACCAUGUACUGACAGAUAUCAGUUGCGAUGUUAAAAAUAAUACAUUAUCUUUUUCUGAAUGAAACAUCCUGCAUUUGUCAGAUUGUGACCAUCACUCAGUGGGGGAAGAGAGUGAGAAAGCAGGAAUCAAUAUGUGAAGUGUUUCCAAUAAUUACCCCAAUAAUGAUCCCAUUUUUACUAAUACUGUUGAACUUUGUUCUAGUCCCGUGUAGCUCAGUUGGUAGAGCAUGGCGUUUGCAACGCCAGGGUUGUGGGUUCGAUUCCCAUGGGGGGCCAGUAUGAAAAUGUAUGCACUCACUAACUGUAAGUCGCUCUGGAUAAGAGUGUCUGUUAAAUGUUAAAGCUGUAUUCGUACCCAUUGGAUGCAGUGAGCACAAUAUAGUGGGUAUAUCCAGGAAAGCCAAAGUUCCAAAAGCUGGGCCUAAAAUAAUGUAUAAGAGAUCAUACAAAAGAUUUAGCUGUGGAUGAUGUUAAAAAUAUGUGUUGGUCUGAUAUGAUUAAUAAGUAGCAUCCAGACACUGCAUUUGAUACAUUUAUGAAAUUGCUUCUUCCAAUUAUUGAUGAACAUGCACCUGUUAAAAAACUGACUGUUAGAACUGUUAAGGCUUCAUGGAUUGAUGAGGAAUUGAAAAACUGUAUGGUUGAAAGAGAUGGGGCAAAAGGACUGGCUAAUAAGACUGGCUGCACAUCUGACUGGCUGACUUACUGCAAAUUGAGAAAUUAUGUGACUAAACUCAACAAAAAUAAUAAGAGACUGUAUUAUGAAGCCAAGAUCAAUAAUUAACAAGGCACACCUGUUAAUUGAAAUGCAUUCCAGGUGACUACCUCAUGAAGCUGGUUGAGAGAAUGACAAGAGUGUGCAAAGAUGUCAUCAAGGCAAAGGGUGGCUACUUUGAAGAAUCUCAAAUGUAAAAUAUGUUUUGAUUUGUUUAACACGUUUUUGGUUACUAUAUGAUUCCAUAUGUGUUAUUUCAUAGUUUUGAUGUAUUCACUAUUAUUCUACAAUGUUGAAAAUAGUAAAGAUAAAUAUAAAUCAGUAGGUGUGUCCAAACCUUUGACUGGUACUGUAUAAGAUGGAAGGGCGUUCCAUGCACUCAUGGCUCUGUAUAAUACUGUAUGUUUCCUUGAAUUUGUUCUGGACCUGGGGACAGUGAAAAGACCCCUGGUGGCAUGUCUGGUGGGGGAUGUGUGUGUGUAAGUUGACUAUGCAAACAAUUUGGAAUUUCCAAAACUUCAUGUUUCUUAUAAAACAAGAAGUGAUGCAGUCAGUCUUUCCUCAACUCUUAGCCAAGAGAGACUGGCAUGCAUAGUAUUAAUAUUAGCCCUCUGAUUACAAUGAAGAGCAAGACGUGCUGGGCCAGCUGCAGCUUAACUAGGUCUUUCUUUGCAGUUCUUGACCAUAUGACUGGACAAUAAUCAAGAUAAGAUCAAACUAGAGCCUGCUGGACUUGCUUUGUGGAGUGUGGUGCCAAAAAAGCAGAGCAUCUCUUUAAUACGGACAGACCUCUCCCCAUCUUUAUAACCAUUGAAUCUAUAUGUUUUGACCAUGACAGUUUACAAUCUAAGGUAACACCAAGUAAUUUAGUCUCCUCAACUUGUUCAACAGCCACACCAUUCAUUACCAGAUUCAGCUGAGGUCUAGAACUUAGGGAAUGAUUUGUACCAAAUACAAUGCUCUUAGUUUUAGAGAUGUUCAGGACCAGUUUAUUACUGGCCACCCAUUCCAAAACAGACUGCAACUCAUUGUUAAGGGUUUCAUUAGCUGUGGUUGCUGAUGCAUAUAUGGUUGAAACAUCAGUAUACAUGGACACUCAUGCUUUGUUGAAUGCCAGUGGCAGGUCAUUGGUAAAAAUAGAAAAGAGGAGGGCCUAGAGAGCUGCCCUGUGGUACACCACACUUGACAUGUUUGACAUUACAGAAGUUUCCAUUUAAGAAAACCCUCUGAGUUCUAUUAGACAGAUAGCUCUGAAUCCAUGAUAUGGCAGAGGUUGAAAAGCCAUAAGACAUAACAACAGGUUAUGGUCAAUAAUAUCAAAGACUGCACUAAAAUCUAACAGUACAGCUUCCACAAUCGUCUUAUUAUCAAUUUAUUUCAACCAAUUAUCAGCCAUUUGUGUCAGUGCAGUACAUGUUAAGCAUGCUGAAAGUCUUGUUAAUUUGUUUACAGAGAAAUAGCAUUGUAUUUUUCCAACACUUUGCUAAGAGUUGGCAACAAGCUGAUAGGUCUGCUGUUAGAACCAGUAAAGACCACGUUACCACUCUUGGGUAGCGGGAUGACUUUGGCUUCACACCAGGACUGAGGACAAAUACUUUCUUCUAGGCCCAGAUUAAAGAUAUGACAGAUAGGAGUGGCAAUAGAGUCAGGUGGGGCUGUGGCGGUAAUUACAUUUUGUCAGCCGGUUAAUGUCAUGCAAAAGAGUGCCGGUCUCUUGGUAAUUGACCUUUAAUUAACAUAAACAGGUUUAGCAUCUCCAGGCCUCCACGGAUACAUCUACAUUUUAAAAAGUAUAAUAAAUCUAUUUAAUAUACACCAUCACAAUAAAUCCAUUAUUUAUUUUAGUUAGGUCUAAAGAAACAUGAUGAUAUAAAGAAAAUGUAUUUCAGAAGUGCUCAGCGUAUGUGGGAACUCCUUCAAGACUGUUGGAAAAUCAUUCCUCAUGAAGCUGGUUGAGAGAAUGCCAAUAGUGUGAAAAGCUGUCAUCAAGGCAAAGGGUGGCUACUUUGAAGAACCUAAAAUAUAUUUUGAUUCGUUUAACACGUUUUUGGUUACUACAUGAUUCCAUAUGUGUUAUUUCAUAGUUUUGAUAUCUUCACUACAUUUACAUCAUUUAGCAGACGCUCUUAUCCAGAGCGACUUACAGUUAGUGAAUAAACUUUUUUUUUAUAUACUGGCCCCCCAUGGGAAUUGAACCCACAACCCUGGCGUUGCAAACGCCAUGCUCUAUCAACUGAGCUACAUCCCUGCCGGCCAUUCCCUCCCCUACCCUGGACCAAUUGUGCGCCGCCCAUGAGUCUCCCGGUCGUGGCCGGCUGCGACAGAGCCUGGAUUCGAACCAGGAUCUCUAGUGGCACAGAUUAGUACUGCGAUGCAGUGCCUUAGACCACUGCGCCACUCAGGAGACAUUAGGAGACACUAUUAUUCUACAAUGUAGAAAAUAGUAGAAAUAAAGAAAAAUGAGUAGGUGUAUCCAAACUUUUGAGUGGUACUGUAUACCGCAAGUGAACAGCAAACCUGGAUUCAAAAAACAAAUAAAGCAACACCUCACGGCACAACGCCUCUCCCCCAUGUGACCUACUAGUUGUGUGUAUAUACUGACAUGUAUGUGUAACUGAUAGAUGCACACACACACACUACAUGUUAAUGUUUUUAAAUGUAUGUAAAUUGUAAAGUAUUUUGUCUGUAAUGUCUUUUUCGUUUUGUGUCGGACCCCAGUAAGACUAGCUGUCGCCAUUGCCGUUGGCUAAUGGCGAUCCUAAUUAGUCAAAUCAAAUCCCUCCCUCCAACUGCUCAGAUGUGGUCUGAGAGAAAGAGGGAGAGCAAUUUUGAUGCUGGGGAAGUGGUAGAUAAAGUAGAAGCCUUUUAAUUUCAUGUUGUGCUAAUUUAAUAAUAAUAUAAUAUUAUUAUAUUCUAUAUGAUAUACUCUACAUGUCAUUUCUGUUGUCAUUCAUUCUCGCUCUGACUGCUACCCCCUGUUGUGUAGCAGUGAGCCGUUCUAAAGUACCAAUCAGAGACGACCCUCAGAGUAUUCCUUCCUGCCACUUCACUGAGCUGGUUUACUCUUGCAUUCUGGGAGGCCACAAAGCAGCAGCAGCCCAGGUUUCAGGGUCACAACGCAUCAAAUUACCUGCUUUUAUUUCCCACUGUUUGGUUUUCAGAGAGGCAGGAAGUCAAC